AUGCUCCUUCUUACAAAGACCUCGUCGGUUAAAACGUUCUUUUCUCCAGUGGUGUGUUCUCGGCUUUACCGAGGAUUGAGUUCGAAGAGUAACCCAUCAGAGAAAGAGGCAGAGGAAAAUGCGCAAGCGACGACACCAAUGGAUCCACGCGUACUGGAUCAAAUGUUGCCGUACAUGACGCAUUUUUAUGGAAAUCCCCAUUCGAGAACACAUGCUUUCGGGUGGGAAAGUGAAAAGGCAACUGAAGACGCACGAGAAAAAGUUGCGAAGUUAAUCAAUGCGGAUCCGAAGGAAAUUAUUUUUACCAGUGGAGCUACUGAGUCAAACAAUAUCGCUGUUAAAGGUGUUGGACGGUUCUAUAAAGAAAAGAAGAAACACGUCGUGACAACACAAACUGAGCACAAAUGUGUGUUGGACUCAAUGAGAGUUUUAGAAAGUGAAGGUUUCAAAGUAACUUAUCUUCCAGUGAACAAAAAUGGACUUCUCGAUUUGAAAGAACUCGAAUCUGUUCUCACACCAGAGACAAGUUUAUGUUCAGUGAUGAUGGUCAACAAUGAGAUCGGUGUUCGCCAACCAAUCGAAGAAAUUGGCAAAUUAUGUCGAUCGAAGAAAGUUUUCUUGCAUACGGACGCUGCACAAGCUGUGGGAAAGAUUCCGAUCGACGUUAAUAAGAUGAAUAUCGAUCUGAUGUCAAUCAGUGGACAUAAAAUCUACGGUCCCAAAGGUAUUGGCGCACUUUACAUCCGUCGACGACCACGUGUUCGUCUCGAUCCGAUUCAAACUGGUGGUGGACAAGAGCGCAAUAUUCGGAGCGGAACAGUUCCUACUCCACUUGUCGUCGGUCUCGGCGCUGCAUGUCAAAUAGCUCAAGAAGAACUUCCUAAUGACGAAAAACGUGUUUCACAGUUAGCGAACCGAUUAAUCGAAGGGAUUACCAGUCAAUGUUCACAUGUCAUUCUCAACGGUGAUGCCAAAUCACGUUAUCCUGGCUGUGUCAAUCUCUCCUUUGCUUAUAUCGAAGGCGAGUCAUUGUUAAUGGCACUUAAAGACAUCGCAUUAUCAUCAGGAAGUGCCUGUACAUCUGCAUCAUUGGAGCCAUCGUACGUUCUGCGUGCGAUUGGUGCUGAAGAAGAUUUAGCACAUUCAUCCAUUCGAUUUGGUAUUGGUCGUUUUACCACCGAAGCUGAAGUUGAUUAUACAAUUGCCAAAACAGUUGAACAUGUGAAACGACUUCGCGAAAUGAGUCCACUAUGGGAAAUGCUUCAAGAGGGAAUUGAUUUGAAAAUAUCGAAGAUUUGUGUAAACGUUGCUAUCAUUUGCAAAAGUCGAACAGCGACAUAUUAUGUCAAAGACGAUAGUGAAUUACAAGAACAUAUUGAUGAAAACGAGAAAAUCAUUGAGAAAUAUCAUCGAAAGAUCAAUGAAAUAUUUCAGCUGAUCAAAGAGAAUACAGCUAAUCAGAAGGAGAUCCAUUGGUCACCCAUUGCGUUGGAUUUCAAAAAAAUGGAAGAAGAACAAAAGCGAUCGUGCAUGGAAAAGAAAACUCAACUAAUGACUAAUCAACAAAACAUUCCGGAAGACAAAGGCGUUUAUUUAUAA